AUGACAAACUUACGAAAGUUCAAGCGGAUUCAGAUCCAGCAAUUGGCGAACAACAGGCAACACAAGCUAAUUACCAUACCUUCAAACUUUCAGGCACAACAAAGGAUUACAUUGAGUUUUGAAAGUUUUUCGUAUGAACAAAUAGCAAAUAAACGAACGAGGCUUGCUCAUUUGGACAUGGAACAGUCUCGCAAUGUGAUUACGGCAGCAUUUACUUGGCUGAAGCAGCCGUAG